UUGAUGUUAUGUAAUACAGGAAGCACCGAAAUGCAGUGCCCAGUUUGCCCAGAAAUAUCAUGCAAACCAGACAGUUCCAUGACUGAUGGAAAUGGAAAGAUUUUAGUCGAUAUAAAAGAAGGAAAAUUGCGGUCAAUCAACAACAAAACUUACUUUUUCGGCGUCAGAUCGACCAAGGCAGACGACGCUGAAAGUGUAUGCUGCAAAUUGGGAAUGCGCCUAUUGGCGGUGGAAUCAUUUGACGAUAUAGCGAAUCUUCAAAAGCUCCACAAAGAUAUUUUUGAGGGGUACAACUUCUUCUGGACAAGCGGUCGUUUAUCAAGUGACUGCAACGAUGUGGUGGGUUGGUGCUCCACAGGGCGAACGUCUCCCAAAAACACGGUGUGGAAACAGCAAGCAACGUCCGUGUACGGUGAUUGCGCCAUACUGAAGCUUUACAAUGACGACGUUAAGAAAUGCGGCGUCGAUCGUAGCUCUUGCUCAAGUAAAAAUAAUUACAUUUGCGAGGCACCCGGUCUCAAGCAUGAAAUGAAAGACAAAGUGCGAGCUAGACAAGGACAAAAAUGCACCGCACCAACAUGCCCUGCGAUUAAUUGCACAAAAAACAACAUGUACUUCGAACCUCCAUCGUACACACGUUUAAAUCUGUCUGGAGAACUUGGUAGAAUUCAACUUGUUGGAAACCAAACGUACUUCAUCAGCAAAAUAAAACUGAGAUUCAAGGAGGCUUUAGACGCUUGCUGUGCCAUUGACAUGCGGCUCGUCAGCAUCGAGAAUCGAACCAAAGGCAAUCAGCUCGAGGACUACUUGGAAAUUAACGAGCAGUACUGGACGGGCGGUUCUGAUCUUGGUUGUGAGGGCAACUUUGGCUGGUGCGGUCAAGGAGGACAGGAGUUUGGCCGGAACAUUCCGUGGUUGUACUUGGAGCCGAACAAUGCCGAGGGGAACGAGCACUGCGUCAACAUUGAUAUGAUUGCCUGGGACAGCGUCAAGUUCACUUUGAACGACAACAACUGCGACAAAAUGAUGAAGUUCGUCUGCGAGUCCAAGAAGCCUGUACUUUUGGGAUCUGUAAUGACUACGGUCGCUCCACCCGUUGUCGUCACACUUGCUGAUUGCACCAGGGCCAUGUGUCCACAGCACGAUUGCAGAGAAUCGGACCCUGAGCUUAUGGAUGAUUUCGUCAAUGUGACUUUUGGUGAGCCAAAAACUGCGUGCGGUAGGACAAUGUAUUUGAGCAAGAACAGGGUCAGCUUUGCGGAUGCUAGCAAGGCGUGUCAUUGCUCUCUGAAACUGAAGCCCAUCACAAUCGAGACGGCGGAGGAUCAGGCUUGCAUCGCCGAAGUCAUUCAAAAGGAAUACCAAAAGAAAAACGCAACCGUCUGGACGUCCGCCAGUGACGACAUGUGUCCUGGCAAGUACACUUGGUGCGGCACCAACAAACUGAUGACCACUGACGCGCGAUGGCGUAAGGGCGAGCCCAGUUUGAACAACUGGCUGCAGGCCUGUGUGGCGCUCCACAUUGGCAACAACCAAACUCAACUCAAUGGACUCGCUGACUACAAGUGCAGUCGCAAAUUCCGAUUUAUUUGCGAGGUUAUGAAGAAAUAAUUAAAUACAUGCCAAAGGCUGGAUUAGGAUCUACUUACUACACAACAGUUUUCGCUUUUUUAGGAAUUGUUUGCUCAUGGCUUAUGUGGUUUCAGGAUUUUUAAUAAAAGUAAUAAAAUUUCAAAAGUGUAACAAUUGGCAAACAGAAA